AUGCCUGGGACCAACUCCUUGAUUGUGUGCCCCAAAGACUCAAAAUAUGACAGUGAUGGUAUUGCAACUCAUGACAAGCAGGUGUUGCCUGCAGUUGCUGCUACUGUGUUGGAUGAGAUGAAAGAAAAAGCAGAUGAUUUUAGUGUAAUUGGCAUAGAUGAAGGACAGUUUUUCCCUGACACUGUAGAGUUUGCUGAAGAAAUGGCUAAUCGAGGGAAGAUUGUCAUUGUUGCUGCACUCGAUGGAACAUACCAGCGACUGGGCUUCGGAGACAUACUUCGGUUGGUCCCCUUAGCAGAAUCCAUUGUCAAACUGACGGCUGUUUGCAUGAUAUGUUAUGAGGAGGCAUUGAUUACUCAUGCGUACCUCCACAGAAACUGCCGUAAGUGUGACAGAAUAUACUUUACUGUAGAUGCCAGUUUUGUUGAGGUAAUUGGUGGUAGUGAAAAGUACAUUGCGACCUGCAGACAGUGCUUUUUCAUCUCGACCCCCCAGAAGAGACCAGGGGCUUCUCCACUCAAACCAGUGCAGGAAAAUAUGGAGACCAAUGAAAGUAGCAGCAGUUGCAAGCGUCGAUUGAUGGAUGGCAAAGAGGGAACAGGGACAGUGACGGCAGACAAGGAAAACUGCAGCAUGCAAAUGGCAUAA